AUGGCGGCGAACGUGCAGAACAUCCCUGGCCGAACAGACUGGGCAGAGGAUGAUACCGAAGACUUGGCGACCGCCAUCCCACCACCACAAAUCACCAAGAACAAGGAUGGCACAGAGACAAUAAUUACUGUCUUCUUGAACGAGGAUGGGAAACGCGUAAAGCGCACUCAACGUAUCCGCCGCACAGUAGUCAAGAAGAAGGAGAAUCCUCGUGUGGCAGAGCGACGACAAUGGGCCAAGAUCGGGCCCGAGGCAGGCAAACCCGCCGGUCCGCGACCAGAUACCACGACCCUUGGUGAGAACAUAAUCUUCCGCCCCGUGAUGGGCUACAAGAGCGGUCAAGUGCAGGAGAAAGCGCCCGAGGAGGAUCGCAAGGCGGAGCAGCUGAAGAAGAUGCAGAUCAAAUGUCGUAUCUGCAGUGGUGACCACUUCACGACCAAGUGUCCUUUCAAAGAUACCAUGGCGCCUGAGGGCGCUGAAGGAGGCGCCGCGGCGGAUUUGGGUGAGGAUGCUGAUGAUACUGCUGGUGCGGCUGGGGCGGGUGCAGGAGGUAGCAACUAUGUACCGCCACAUCUGCGCAAGGGUGCUGCUGGGGCUGGUGGUGGCGAGAGGAUGGGUGGGAAAUACGAGCGGGAUGAUCUGGCUACGUUGCGUGUCACUAACGUCUCCGAGUUUGCUGAAGAGUCCGACCUCCGCGAAAUCUUUGAGCGCCACGGUCGCGUUACUCGUGUUUUCUUGGCCAAGGACAGGGAGACGGGCAGAGCUAAGGGUUUCGCUUUCGUGUCAUAUGCUGACCGCAGCGACGCGUCGAGGGCGUGCGAAAAGGUGGAUGGGUAUGGUUUUGGUCAUCUGAUCUUGAAGGUGGAGUUUGCAAAGAAGGCUACUUAA